AUUCUCAAUGGUGUCACAUUCCUUCACAAAAAUUGGAUCUUUCAUCGAGAUUUAAAGCCGGCAAACAUCAUGGUGACAUCACAGGGAGUAGUGAAAAUCGGGGAUUUAGGUCUUGCUCGAAAAUUCAACAAUCCACUACAAUCGCUAUACACGGGAGAUAAAGUUGUGGUUACGAUCUGGUAUCGUGCGCCUGAGCUAUUACUAGGAACACGACAUUACACACCGGCUGUAGAUCUCUGGGCUGUGGGGUGCAUCCUUGCUGAAUUGCUUCUGCUUCGACCGAUAUUCAAGGGGGAGGAAGUGAGAAUAGAUAUGAAUAAUAAGAAAUCUGUACCGUUCCAAAAGAACCAAUUCCAGAAAAUAAUUGAUAUACUAGGCAUGCCCAACACCAAAACAUGGCCCAGUCUAAACAAGUAUCCUGAAUUUGCUACAUUCAGUUCACAAUUAACCCAAUCACCCAAUUCGGGUCAACUGAAUCUAGUUAGUUGGUACAAAAUGAUAGGAGGUAGUAACAAGCAAUGUUUAGAAUUGUUGAAGGGGUUAUUGGAAUACGACCCUGAAAUAAGACUCACGGCUGAAAAUGCACUAAUACACCGCUAUUUCAUGGAAUUACCAAAAGUCAAUGACAACGCCUUUGAAGGAUUGAAUUUCAGGUAUCCAAACAGAAGGAUAUACACUGACGAUAAUGACAUUGUUAGUAAUCAACCAGCCGUUAGUGCGGCUGCAGUAGCGGCGGCAGCAGCAGCGGCUAAUCAAGGUGGAAAUGCCAACGCGGGCAAUUCUGGGUAUAAGCGUGUUGGUGAUGAUGUCAAUGCAUCACAUUCACGAAAGAAAAGAGGAUAG